AUGGACAAGAAGAUUGCAAAGUUUGAGGAAGAAAUCAAGAGAAUUGAUGAUUUGGUAAGCAAUGGAGUGUAUGAUGGUACGAUGGAGGCUAGAAGAAAGGCGCUGGUUACUUGCUGUGAGAGAUGGUAUGUGAGAAAAGAAGUACAUUGGAAACAGUUGUCCCGGUCUGGGCACACGAAGGAUAUGGACAAAAAUACAAGGUACUUCCACAAUAUAGCAUCAGCAAGGAGGCGGAAUAAUAGGAUUGAUACACUGAUAAUUAACGGCAGACGGGUCAGGAAUCUAGCCAGAAUAAAGAUUACUAUCAGAGAUUUCUACAAAGAUUUAUAUCAUCAAGAACGGUCUCCUAUAAUGGGUUUUAGAGAUGGGUUGGUGGAGAAGAUAGAUGAGCAAGACGCUGUGAAUUUAGAAGUUCUGCCAUCGGCUGAAGAGAUCCAAGACGCUGUAGGGGACUGUGAGUCUUCUAAGGCACCAGGAUCUGAUGGGUACAAUAUGAAUUUCAUUAAGAGGUGCUGGGAGGAUAUUGGGACAGAAUUCACGGCAGCAGUGAUGGGGUUCUUCCAGACGUCCAAGCUACCGGCGGAUUCAAAUAUCACUUAG